UUUUGUUUCUGCAGCCCAAUAGUUUGUUCAAGUGAAGGAGACGAACAACCACUUGCAUGCAUUUUUCAAUCCAAAAUAAUCAACCUGAAUCUACGCGAUCACAAGCAACUUUGCAUGAGUUAGAAGAAAGAUUGGAAACUCGCAUUUCGGAGAAAAUUGAAGUGAAGAUGGUGGAACUUGCGGGUGCGAUGCAGAAGACAUUACACGAUUCAUUGAAAAGGACAUUAAUGGAAUUGUUGCAAGAAAGUCAUGAUAAUUGUGGAUCGAGACCCAGGCAUCAAAAUUUAGAGGGCGAUCAUGAUUCUGGUUCUGGUAAUCAUCAUUCUCAUUAUCGGGCUCCUUACGCUUGUGGCACUAGGUUGGCUAGAAUUGAUUUCCCUAAAUUCAAUGGUGAAAAUGUGAAUCAAUGGAUUUAUCAAUGUGAAAUGUAUUUUGCAAUUGACCUAACUCCUGAGGAAUUCAAGGUGCGGUUAGCAGUUGUGCAUUUUGAAGGCAAGGCUAUGCAAUGGCAUCAUGCUUUUUCAAAAUCUAUAAAAAACGAUAAUUGGCCAACUUGGACUGCAUAUGUUAAAUUGUUAAAAGAUAGAUUUGGAAGAAUUUUUGAAGAUCCCAUGGUUGAAUUGAUGAAUCUGAGGCAACAUUCUACUGUUACCAUAUAUCAUGAAGAAUUUGAUGCCAUAAUUAAUCAAUUGGAUUUAGCAGCAGAUUAUAUUCUUAGCUGUUUUCUGGGAGGAUUAAAGCAUGAUAUCCAAAUGUUAAUACGAAUGUUCCAACCUACUACUAUAAUGAAAGCCUUUUCACUUUCCAAACUUUAUGAAUCAGCAAAUCAAAUGGGUGGCACAGCUAAGCUUAAAAGGUACACUUCUAUUUCCUUACAGCAUUGUGAUGUGACUGACAUCAUCGAGGAGUUUCCUAGAAAAGUAAAUUGUUUUAGACUUAGAGUCUUCCAUCUUGACAAUAAGGAUCCACUUCUGAGAUUACCAGACAAGAUUUUUAAUGAAAUGAAAGAACUCCGGGUGUUGAUAUUGAUUGGCAUUCAUUUUUCAACCUUACCUUCAUCAAUUAAAAGCUUAACAAAACUCAAAAUGCUUUGUUUGGAGCGAUGCAAGCUAGGUCAGCAUUUAUAUAUAAUAGGAGAGCUGGAAAAAUUAAGAGUUCUUAGUUUAGCAGGAUCUGAUAUUGAUCGCUUACCUGUUGAAUUGAGGCAGUUAGCUAAGCUACAAAUUUUUGACAUAAGUAAUUGCUUUAAACUUGAAGUUGCUCCUGCUGAUGUAAUGUCAAGUUUGACAUGUUUGGAAGAGUUGUAUUUGAGAAAUAGCCCGAUUCAAUGGAAAGAUGGACUGGUAAAUCACAUUGGAAAUGCAAGUCUUUCUGAACUAAAGCAACUUAAUCAGUUAACAACACUAGACAUGCAGAUCCCAAAAAUUACCCAUUUGCCUAAGAACUUGUUCUUUGACAAGUUGGAUAGUUACAGGAUCGUCAUUAGAGAUUUCAAUGCAUAUCCAGUGUGGGAUUUCAAGAUGCUAGAGAUGUGUGAAUCAUCAAGAUAUUUGGCCCUUCAGCUAGAAAAAGGCUUUAACAUUCAUUAUCAAAAGGGGAUCAAAUUACUAUUCGGAAGAGUUGAAAAUUUGUUAUUGGGACAACUAAAUGAUGUCGAAGAUAUUUUCUAUGAAUUGAAUUAUGAAGGAUUUCCAUAUCUAAAAUAUUUGUCCAUUGUAAAUAACUCAAAAGUGAAGUCCAUCAUCAACUCAAAGAACCAAAAACAUCUUGAGAAAGCAUUUCCCAAAUUAGAGUCAUUGUUUCUCUAUGAAGUCAACAACAUGGAGUAUAUAUGCCACAGUGAACUUACAAAUGAUUCGUUCUGCAAAUUGAAAUCUAUCAAGCUCAAAAUCUGUGGUCAAUUAAAGAAUGUCUUCUUUUCUAUGAUCAAACAUCUUUCUGCACUUGAAACAAUUGAAGUUUAUGAGUGUAACUCUUUGAAGGAGGUUGUUACCUUGGAAAUGCAAAGCAUUGAAGAUGAAAUUAACUUUCCUGAAUUGCGCUCCUUAACCCUACAAUCUUUGUCUGAAUUUAUUGGAUUUUAUACCUUUGGUUCAUCAACAGAACAGGUGCCAAACAGGAAGCCCGAUGGACUCUUUGAUGGAAAGGUUGUAGUUCCCAAAUUAGAGAGAAUGGAGUUGUCCUCAAUCAAAAUACAAAAAAUAUGGAGUGACCAACCUUCAACAAGAUCUUACUUUCAAAAUUUGUUACAUUUGGAUGUGAAUGAUUGUUGGAAUUUGCGAUACUUACUGUCCCUUUCAAUGUCGAAAAGUUUGAUGAAUCUCCAAAGCCUUUUCAUAAGCGAAUGUGGGAUGAUGGAGAGCAUAUUUAUCGAAACAGAAGAUAGUAUGAUCGAAAUUGAGGAAAACAUUUUUCCAAAGUUGAAGAGUAUCAACUUGAAAAGCAUAAAGAGAUUGAAAAAGAUAUGGACCAAAUUUUCUCUACAUUCCUUUAGCAAACUGGAUGCGUUGAUCAUUGAGGGAUGUGAUAAGCUUGAAAAUGUUUUCCCUUCUUAUAUGGUUGGAAGAUUUCGUAGUCUAUGCAACUUGAGGGUUAUUAAUUGCAAGUCAAUGAAAGAGAUAUUUAACCUCCAAGAUUGUGAAAAACGAGAUGCUGAGGAUAUGACCAAUUUGCAAAAUGUUCAUGUAGGAGCACUGCCAGUUUUGGAGCAUGUAUGGAACAAAGACCCAGAAGGAAUUCUUAACUUCAAAAAUUUGAAAAAGAUUCGGAUUCAAGAAUGUCUCAACUUAAAGCAUAUAUUUCCUGUUUCUAUAGCCCUGGGUCUUAAAAAACUUGAAUACCUUGAGGUCUGGAAUUGUGGCCAAUUGAAGGAAAUUGUUUGCAGGGGGGAAAGAAUCAAUGAGAGUAGCAUUUCGUUUGAGUUUCCUAGACUAAUCACCACCAGAUUCUCAAAUCUACCAAACCUUGAGUGUUUCUAUAGGGGAACACAUGAAUUAUGUUGUUCAGCACUGAAGAACUUAUAUGUGGAACUUUGUCAUAAGCUCAAACUUUUCAAAAUGGAAAUUGCAAAUCCAGAAAUUAAGUCAGUCUUCUUGCCUGAAAAGGUAAUCUACAGCUUGAAGUCCAUGCAAAUAGAGCCACGUGAAGCAAUUUCCUUAAGGAGAUAUAUGGGCAUUUACAGAAUGCAGAAAUUAGAAGAGUUUCAAUUAUCUAGACUAGUUGACACUGAGAUUCUUUAUUUUUUCCUCCACAGAAAUCCUAAUCUAAGAAGUCUAUUGUUGAGUAAUUGUUUCUUUGAGCAGUUAGUGCCUUCGAGAAGCCUUAUUGGAGAAAGUUCGGGGGUUGUUCCAAAGCUCAGAAGCUUGAAGUUAAUAAACUUACCUUCACUUAAGAUGAUAGACUUUGAAGAAGACACAUUACUUUUUCAAAGUUUAGAGUGCUUGAUUUUAAAGGAAUGUCCAUGUCUGAACACCAUAGCGCCUUCCUCUGUAUCUUUCACUUACUUAACAAAUUUGGAAGUCAGUAAUUGUAGUAAAUUAAGCUAUUUGAUCACACCAUCAACUGCAAAAAGCUUGGUUCAACUCACCACCAUGAAGGUAAUCCAAUGUGAAUUGAUGGAGACCAUUGUUUCAUGGCAUGAAAGUGAUGAACAGAUUACUUUCAGACAAUUGAAAGAAAUGGAACUUGUAGCUCUGCAUAAACUUGAAAGUUUCUGUAGUUCCUAUCGUUGUGCCUUUGCGUUUCCAUUGUUGGAAAAAUUCGUAGUGAGCACGUGCGGCAAUAUGAAAACCUUCACGUUCUCUGAACGAAUCAACACGACACCAAUGUUACAACAAAUAUGUGUUAGACAUGGAAAGGAGGAAAAAAAAUAUUGGAAAGGUGAUUUAAAUGUUACGAUACGACACAUGCACAAGAUUUGGGCUCUUGAUCCAGACAAAAUGGCAGCUUCCCAUCCUUACGAAACACUCGAGAGCACUCAAUUGAAGACUUUGAAGCUGGUGAAUUGUCAGCUUGAACAACAAGCAAUUCCAACUGUUGUUUUUCCUAGUUUAAAGAACUUAGAAGAAUUGGAAGUACGUAGCACCAAUGUAAAGGUAAUAUUUGGUAUAUUGGGGACUGAGAUGAAGGGAUAUAGCUUUAAUUUCCACUGAAGAAAU